AUGGCUCCCAUCGUGUAUGAGCGGCGUCGAAUGGCGGAUGAAGACGUGGAUUGUAAUGACGUAGAUGACCGGUCUACGGAGCCAAGCUCGCCUUCGUUUCAGCUCAUGUCGCCGCCUACGUCACAUACGCUCUCCGGGAAAGACGUAGGUAUGCGCGCGACUGUGGGUGAUUCCAGCUACGAUACAAGUGUCGCCUCGAUCCUACCUUGGAAGGAAACUCAGCGUGACGGCGGUCUGGAAACGGAUAUUGACUCUGAGCCUGACGAUGUUGCAGCACCCACCACCCUGGCCAGCCGUAUGCAGCCCAAAUCUCUCGCUACCUCCAGCCUCUUUUUGUUCUCGGAAGAUGAGGACGAGGAGGGGCCCGGGAGGAAAGCACUAUCUGCCAAACAAGCGUCGCAGGUCGAUGCACGCAAAGCACGUAUGCAGCGACUACGUAUGCUUGCGCAGCAACGCACAUCCCUGGAUGAAGAGACGCGUGAGCCACCACGCUCGCCGUCUCCCCCCUCAGAGACUUCACGUCCAUCGAGUCCGCUUGCCGCUCCUGCGUUGGUCGAUAUUGUGAGCGACGACGACGACGACAAUAUAGCAAUUCCCGCGCCAUCUUCCAAGCCUGUGAAGGGGCUAUCGAACAAGGAAAAGCGCGAAAUGCAUAGCAUGUCUGCGCGUCUACGGCGUGAGCAUCGCACAAGUCUGCCACGACCUGAGCCCAAACGAUACCAACUCUCUGAGCUCUUGAGCACGAUCCAGCAUACGACGUCGCCAGCGCCGCAGGCGAUGCAUAGCUCGGACCCUGUGGAAUCCUCAUCCACACCUGACCCACGCCCUCCUUCUGAUCAAGUCUCCUCGGCUGUACCUACGUCGCCAUCCGAGCGACGUCGGCCUAUACCAGACGAUGAUGAGGCACGUCAGCUGGCUCAAAAGAAAUGGGCCUGGAUCCGGCGGCAGCCUGCGCCGCCGAGUUCCAAAGACGGCGAUGAUGACGACGAAUUGGAGGUGGUGGAUGUGCGCUCGCAUCAUGCCCCCCAUGUCCGCUUCCGCGGCUCACCACCCCGUGAUGUGCAACGUGACGAAGUGGCUUCGACAUUGGCGCACUUGGCAGUGCGGCCACGCACGCCUCGUCGGCAUCGGAUUGCUACAAACGAGUACCGCUCGCCCAAUGCUCAUGGACCGACCGCUGACCCUGUGUCGGACGCGCAAAUGGAUGUCGCAGCACACACCUUUGCCUUGGCUGCUCACAGGGACGCUGGGCAUAUGGCGCCCACGUCGCCCGGCCAGCCGGACAAGCCUACCCAGCGGCCUAGCAUGCCGCCUGUGUUGGGCUUGGGCGAGCUCAAUGCCACAGUCUUACAAAAGGUGUACGCCCAAAAUGCAGCCUCGACAGCGAAACGUGCCCCGCCGACCCAAGUGCCACAUCCACGUGCGUCGCCCUCGCCGUCGCCCCCACCCGACCCCCAACAGGCACCCGCGUCGAGUCAAGCCUAUAGCCCUGCGAGCUCCCUAGGCUCAGGCUCGUCCGAGAAAGAGAACGAACCUUUGCGGUCGCGCUCUGCAUCUCUCAGCGACAGCCAUCCUCGUGCUGCCUCGCCCUCACCCAGCGCGCCUCUUUCCGAGCUACCGAUCCCCGAUCUGGGCGACUUUUUCGCACCUACGCCCACCGACCGAUCCGUGCAGCCGUCGCCGUCCCCUGCGGCCUCCCUGUCGCGCACUGGUUCUAACAGCUCUGUCCUUGCCCAGUUUUUCGAGGCUGGCACACAAGAACCGUCGCGAAAUGCUUCUCUGGAUAUCUUUGCCAACGAGCGUCGAUCUGGGCCUGUGGGUGGCAUGACACAGUUCUUUGAUGCAACACCUGUCGACCCUGUGUCUCGCAGCCAGGAAGCCAUGCCUCCUCCGACGCAUGCGCCAAGUGGCGACGCUUUUGCUGCGCUGCGCCGCGCUGAACAAGCGGAUGCAGCCGCUCCCCUGUCGCCAGACGUCUUGCCUUCGCUGGAUCCAUCGCUAGCAGAGCGUGGAGAGGAUUUAUGGCGCGAAGCACAGGCGGCUCAGCAGCAAAGUCAUGACGGUAUGCUGUACCUCAACGAGGAUGGGUUCUUUACGCAGACCAAGCCCCAAGAACCGCCCUCGCCUGGGUCUGUGCACGAAGACAGCGAUGCAGACGAGCCAGCUCCAGCUCCUGCAGUUCGACAUACGUACAAGCGCCCUACCUCCGCCUUUGUGUUUGGUGAGGCGGAAGAGUCGGACGAAGACGAGCAGCGUGGCGACCACGGUGGUCUUGCAGGUGUAUUCAGCGACAAAGGGAGCGACUCUGAAAAAGAAGAGGGGUCCGAGGACGAUGCGGAUUUGUCGAGUCUGCUGGACGAUGAAAGCGAUUCCGACAACGAUGAAAAGGACGAGGCAGCGCGGAAGAUGUUUAUGCAGCACCAGCAAGAAGACGAUGCCGCCGCGCAAGCGCUUCAUGAACGUGCGACCAAGGGUCUUUUGCGACAUCGCCGACGUGGUCGUGAGGACGAUAUGUUGGCUGAUAUGCUUGACGAAGAUGCUGACGAAGAUGAACUUCGAAGGCGUCUACAAGCGCCUCGCUUUGCAAAGAGCAAGCGUCGUCAAGUGGAAGGCGAUGGACUGGAUGCACUGGCCGCGCGCGAAGAUGCUCAGGCCUUUGUCAGGACCUAUACGGAAACGCACACGACAGCGGAUGAUCACGCCAAGUACGACUUUUUGCACGCGGACGAUAGCAGCUCUGAGGACGAAGAGCGCGUCUCUGCACACACCAUUCGCACCGAAAUUCUACGUGCAAGCCGGCAACGUGCUGCAUCGCCAGACCUUUUAGACCCUACACACUCGGACCACGAUGAGAUCGGUGUCAAGCUCUCGUCUCGUGCAGCGCCGAAACGCGCGGCGACCACCAUGUCGGACGAUGAAGAUGCUCAUUACUCCAAGGUUCUCUUCACGUCAGGGAAAGUGGACGUGUCAUCAUUAUCACGGGAUGCUCAGGAAAAGCGGGCACGUUUGUUGGAAGAGUACAGCCACGAGCCUGCCUGGCAAGACGGCCGAGGCGGUCGUGGUGGUAUCGACCGACGUCGAAGUGGAUCUGCGAAGCGCUCUUCGUCGAUGCCUCUCUCACGCUCUUUUGAGCCUACUCAGUCAGCACCCUCUGUGCUGGUCCACCGUGUACUGAAACGCCAAGCGCAGUUCCCAUAG